AUGGACCAUCGCCUAGGCAUUGUCAAACGUAUCAGAAGAACGAAAGAUUCGGGGGAAGUUUAUAAUAUAGUGAACGAUAACAGGAGUUACAUCAGAAGGGAUUGGCACGAAGUCCAGAUUGUCAUUAUGGACAAGGUUCUUGCUCUCAAGUUCGGUCAGCAUCAGUCCUUGCGACAUGAUCUUCGUGCGACUGGGCACGCUACGCUCGUAUUCUGCUCGAGGGACGCCUUCUGGGGAUAUGGGCCGAAUAUGAGAGGAAGGAACGAGCUGGGGAAGGCUCUGAUGCGUCUCAGAGCGAGGCUUGCGGGGUAG